AUGAAUCCAGGUAUAAAAUAUGCAACCAAAAAGUUAACUGAACGCGGUGGCGCGACUAAUGACCCGGUCGUUUGCGUUAAUAGGUAUUUGGUGGUCGAGAACGUGCCGGCACUAAACUUGAAAAAAGAAUUGCUCGAAUUGUUCGCACUCUACGGAACCAUCGAGGAAUAUCGAUACAUGGACGAUUAUUUGUGCGAAGAAUUCACAGAUGUUUAUUGGAUAAAAUUUCAGUCGAUCGCUGAAGCUAGAGUGGCGAAGAGAAAGGCUGAUGAUCACGUCUUCUUCGGUUCAAACCUAAGGGUCCGAUACGGACCCGAAUAUGAAUCUAUCGAGGACACACGACAAAAAUUGGAUGACCGACGUAAGGUGAUUGAUAUUAAGACCCAAGAACGCAAAAUUGAAAAGCGACUUGAGAAGAAGAAAGAAACGCAAGGUUUCUCCCAACCCUCAACAUCCGCCACACAACCUGCCUCUCUUACGCCGUCAAUACAUAAUUUUCCGCAAUUGGAACCUUCUGCGUAUAGCUAUGGCAAUUAUAAUUACGCGGAGUAUUAUUAUAAUUACCCGUACGCAACAUACGAGGCGUAUCAAAGUCCGGAGCCCCCAAUACCCGGUAUGGAUUACCAGUCUUCACUUUCAACAAGCUUUGCGGUCACAUCCUACCAACCGCAACACAUUCUGUCCGAUGUAAAAUUUUUCGAAUCAUCUUUUAAGUUUUUUGUAAGCUCGGAAAGCUUUGCUCAAUCGGUCUCGCUUUUCGGGGAAGUAUUUUAG